AUGGAGGAUUAUAAGAAGGAAAAUGGAAGGUUAACGUUGGGUGACCGCGUAUAUGUCAGAGAUCUGAGCAAGGGCCCUCCAACAACCACCGAAUUACAUACAACGGUAACUAAGCUGCCCACCAAGGAAAAAGUAACUACACUGACACCUAAUUCCACUAAACAACCAACGACUACAAUGCAGCCAAAACCACAGAAAACUACAGCAGUUAUAUCAACUACUGAGUUACCAAAAACCACUGAGCAAACAAUCAUAGCAUCAACAAUAACCACUGACCCAUCAACGACAGAAAAUCAACGAACCACACGGUCACCAAAAACCACUGAACAAUUAACAACUAAAGUCUCGCUAACAACCACGGUGUCACCAACAACAAAAGUAGAACCAACCACACAGCCGACAGCAACCACCGCACAACCAAUCACCACGAUGUCACAAACAACUACUGUGUCACCAACGAACUCUCAGCAACCAACAACCACUAAUAAGCAAAUAACUACAGUUUUACAAACUACUGUGUCACCAACUUCUGAGCAACCAACAUCCACUGAUGAGCCAACAACCACAGUUUUACAAACAAUCACUUUAUCUCCAACGACGUCUGAGCAUCCAACAAACACAUUGUCACCAACGACCUCUGAGCAACCAACAUCCAUAAUCUUACAAACAACCACUGUGUCACCAAAAACAUCGGAGCAACCAACAACCACUAAUGAACCAAUAACCACAUAUUUACAAACAACCACUCAACCAACAACCACCAUUGAACCACCAAAUACUAUUUUAGAAACAACCACUUUGUCACCAACGACUUCUGAGCAACCAAAAACAACUGAUGAACCAACAACCACUGAUGAACCAACAACCACUGAUGAACUAACAACCACAAAGUUACAAACCACUGUGUCACUAACGACCUCGGAGCAACCAACAACCACACCAACAACCACUGAUGAACCAGCAACCAGAGUUUUACAAACAACUAUGUCACCAACGACUUCUGAGCAACCAGCAACCACUGAUGAGCCAACAGCCACAGUUAUAGAAGCAACCAAAGUGUCACCAACGACCUCUGGGCAGCCAACGAUCACUGAUGAACCAACAACCACAGUUUUACAAACAACCACAAUGUCACCAACGGCCUCUGAGCAACCAACCAUCACUGAUGAACGAACAACCAUAGUUUUACAGACAACCUCUGUGUCACCAACAACCCUUGAACAAUCAAUAACCUCAUUGUCACCAACCACUGAACGACUAACAACCCAGCUGCCGCUAACCACUGUGUCACUAGCAACAACAAUUCUGCCAGCAACUAGUGUUGAACCAACAACAUCAUCACACACUAACACUGUACAAUCAACAGCAGAUUUACAAACAACAAUCACUGAACUAACUACCCGUGGCGUAUCGCUAACCACAUGGCCAACCACUGAACAAAGAACAACCGGGGUGCUGUUAACAACCACUGUAACGCCAACCACCAAUGAUACGGCCUCCGGGUCACCAACAACAACCACCAAAGAACAAAAAAACACCUUGCCACCAACAACCAGUGACAAGUCAAUAACAACAGUACCACCAUCAACCGCUGACCAACCAACAGAGGUGCCGCUAACGACCACUGUAACACCAACUACUUUUAUACCAACAAAAGUAAAACCAACCACAGUAAAACCAACGGUGUCAUCAGUAACCUCUGAGCCAACUACCACACUACAAACAGCCAUCCAUGAACAAACAUCCCUACAACCAGAAACUACACACAAUACUUUCUCAGAAUUGCAGCAAAGAAAAGCACAGUUACUUCAAGAAAUUGAAAGACUCGAGAACCAGAUUGCUGCCUCCAACGCCACACUCACAGCUCUUCAAAAGACCAAUCAAGCCCUGCAACGAGUCAUUGAAGCCAUCGAGGAAGCCACUGGCAAUUCCGGAAGGAAGCGGCGAUCGCUUACUUACUCUAUCGAUCAAGAUGGCGACACUGUCACGGUCGAUCCAUACUGUGAGGUAAAUGAGGACAAUGCCGUCACUGGCAACCCAACAGAUCUGCUUCUUACAAUGAUCGAUGAUCUCUCCACCAAGCUGGCCAACCUCACAACCGACCAAAUCACUUGCUUCAAUCAACUCAUUGAGAAUUUCGCUACACUCAUAGAGAAUGGAACCUUUGUCAUUGAUUCCAGUGUAUUAGAUAACAUCACGGCCGCGGUAGAAGUAGCAAACAGCGUCGUGGGAGACCAAGUCCAGUCGGUUCAGUUGCUCGUCACUAUUUUGCAAGAGCAAAAACAAAAUAAAACGGAUGAGCUUGACCAAGUGGAGAGCCAACUAGCAGCAACAACAGCUAACAUAAGCAAAUUUUGCAUGUCUGUAUGUUCAUGUACAUUCAAGAGAAAAAGUCAACAUUCACAGUUUUAUAUGUGUUACUUCAUGUCGCCCAUAGAUGGCGCAGUAUUUAUUGCAUCUAAAGUAAAAGACAGAUGUCUGUUAUAUCAGUUGUUUCCAACUGGUGCGUUGCGACCCCCAAGUAGUUCAACUUCCUUGACCCACAUGGAGGAUUAUAAGAAGGAAAAUGGAAGGUUAACGUUGGGUGAUCGCGUAUAUGUCAGAGGCCCUCCAACAACCACCGAAUUACAUACAACGGUAACUAAGCUGCCCACCAAGGAAAAAGUAACUACACUGCCACCUAAUUCCACUAAACAACCAACGACUACAAUGCAGCCAAAACCACAGAAAACUACCGCAGUUAUAUCAACUACUGAGUUACCAAAAACCACUGAGCAAACAAUCAUAGCAUCAACAAUAACCACUGACUCACCAACGACAGAAAAUCAACGAACCACACAGUUACCAAAAACCACUGAACAAUUAACAACCAAAGUCUCGCUAACAACCACGGUGUCACCAACAACAAAAGUAGAACCAACCACACAACCAACAGCAACCACCGCACAACCAAUUACCACGAUGUCACAAACAACUACUGUGUCACCAACGAACUCUCAGCAACCAACAACCACUCAUAAGCAAAUAACUACAGUUUUACAAACUACUGUGUCACCAACUUCUGAGCAACCAACAUCCACUGAUGAGCCAACAACCACAGUUUUACAAACAAUCACUUUAUCUCCAACGACGUCUGAGCAUCCAACAAACACAGUGUCACCAACGACUGAGCAAACGAGUACCACUGAUGAACCAACAACCCCAGUAUUACAAACAACCACUGUGUUUUCAAACGACCACUGUGUCACCAACGACCUCAGAGCAACCAACAACCGCAGUUUUACAAACAACUGUAUUAUCGACCUCUAA